UGUAAUUACAUCAAGUCCAAUUAUCAAAUGGGCUUUCCAAACAUGCCCAUAAAUCUUUUGUUGUGAAUUUCCUGAUUUAUCAAAUUUUAGAGAAUGUUAACCGAGGAGAGGAGCAAUCUGAUCAGAAAUUGAAUGGCGGGAGCUGGCGUACUGCCAAUUUCAGCAUCUCCUUUGAGAUUAUACUCCACUUCAUCUUCUCUUUCUCCAAUUUCUCACUCCUUAUCUCUUCCUUUUCGAAACCCCACACUCACCAUUUGCCAUGCCAAGUUUGAUGGGUCGAUUGGAGAAGCAGCAGAAAGGAUGUACCGAAUGAAUUUUGAAGGUGAUGAAUUGGUGGAAGAGGAAGAGGAUGACGAAGAGAGCGAUGAAGAAGAAGAGACGGAGAGUAGUAUUGAUUUACUAGUUAGGUUUGUGCAGAGCAUGUUCAAGAAGGUUUCCAAGCGUGCUAGGAAAGCUACUCGUUCUGUACUGCCGGACGUCAUUUCUCCACAGCUUGUAACUUUUGCAGUUGAUGGAGUUCUUAUUUUGGCUUUACUCUCCAUCUUGAAAGCAUUUCUUGAGGUGGUCUGCACACUUGGUGGUGCUGUCUUUGUAGCAAUUCUGUUAUUACGUGUGCUCUGGUCGUCUGUUUCCUACUUUCAGUCUAUUGGUUCAGAUUUCAACAGUGGUGGAAGUUCAUAUGGCAAGACCACAACCUGCUGAAUGAUUGAUUCUCGUCACAUACCUUUCAUCGGGUUAAUCAUUAACAUUAUAUCAGUAAUUCCCUUAAAAACAAAAGCUGUUAUUAGCAUUAAAAAUAUUCUGCAAGUAAUAGUGACUUAAUUUGGCAAUGUGAAUUUUACAUUUUUGAAGAUAUUAGCAGAUUUUAUAGGGAGUAGCUUCUGUUUGGGGUUGGCACAUAUUUUCAAUUCUCUUUAGCUGUAUAUCAUGAUCUAGAAAUGAGGUGAUUUAGUUUACUUCCUAUGAGAAUUACAUUUCCUUAGCUAAAAUGAUCAAAGAACAUCUCUAUUUACUGUUA